AUGGCCUGGUCCCCGCUCCUCCUCAGCCUCCUCGCUCACUGCACAGGGUCCUGGGCCCAGUCUGUGCUGACUCAGCCGUCCUCCGUGUCUGGGGCCCUGGGUCAGACGGUCACCAUCUCCUGCACUGGAAGCAGCUCCAGCAUCGGUGGUAAUUAUAUGAGCUGGUACCAACAGCUCCCAGGAAAAGCCCCCAGAACCAUCAUCUAUGAUAAUAGCAAACGACCCUCAGGGGUCCCGGAUCGAUUCUCUGGCUCCAGUUCUGGCAGCUUCUUCUCUGGCAGCUCAGGCACCCUGACCAUCACUGGGCUCCAGGCUGAGGACGAGGCUGAGUAUUACUGCCAGUCCUAUGACCGCACAGGCAGUUUUGGGGGAGGUACAGAGCUUUUCCUAAAUCUGCAGCUCCCAUGUAUUGGGUCCCAAAUCCACAGCUAUUAUGAUGUGAGUCCCUCUGGGGACCCUGAUCCUUUCUUUGCUUCCAUGUCUUACAGCUCUGGCUCCCUGACCAUCACUGGGCUGAGGUCUGAGGACAGUCAGCUCCUCACUGCCUCUCCUGGGACCGCAUCUCAGGCUGACACAGACUCCAGGCCUGUGGAAAUUGGGACCAGAGCCCCUUUCUCAUCGGCCAGGAGAGGGAGGCCCCAGCGGCUGCUCAGGCUCUUCCCGCGGCUUCUGUUUCUGGUGCUCCUGCUGCGGCCAUCAUGGGGCCAAGUCCACGCAAGGGCAUCUCCUGGGUGUGAGGGCUCCUCCUUUCCUCCUGACCCACCUUCACUUGCAGCAGCCUCUCCCUAG